CACACAUCUUCACAGUGCCUCUCCAGAACUCUCUCUCUCUAUGUCUAUGUGGAUUCCGUCUUUGGGCCAAUACUUCGAUCUCAGCUUCUUCUUGGAUCAUCUUUCAGCAGACAGAGAUUGCAUCAACCAUGGCGGUUUUGCUCCUUCUAUUUCUCAUUUUCUCCAUGAUUUAUUCAAACGCGGCUUACUGUGUAUGCAAGGAUGGAGGCGGCGAAGCAGUUCUUCAGAAGGCAAUAGACUACGCUUGUGGGGCAGGAGCAGAUUGUGCCCAGAUCCAACAGAACGGUCAGUGUUUCCAACCAAACACCGUCAAGAACCACUGUGACGUCGCCGUCAACAGUUACUAUCAGCGCAAGGCCUCCUCCGGUGCCACCUGUGACUUCAAUGGCGCCGCCGUACUCACCAACUCUCCUCCUUCAGCAGCUGCUUCAAACUGUUUAUCUGGUUCAGGCUCCACCGGAACUCCAACCACCGGAAAUCCGACCAACGGAGCACCGGCAAUGGGAACUCCGACCACAGGGAACCCGACAUCGACUUCAUCCUCAUCCUCGGUGUUUCCAGGCACCACAGUGGGCCCCACCGGAAGCGGCUUAGGUGACCAGAACGCCGGAGAAACGCGCUCUACCCAAACCGCCGCCGCCACCGCUGUCGUCUCUCUAACCGUGGCUCUGUCUAGAUGGUAUCUGAUAGACGGCUGAUAUUUUGCCACGUGGGGGCUUAGCGCAACGGCUAUAUCUCUGUCUCGUUCUCACUUUCUCUUGUAGGGUUUGGGGGAAUUGGAUUCCUAAUCAAGAGCUUUUUAUUUUGUACAUCCUGAGAAUGAGAUGCCCUUUCGUUUGUAUUCUUUACCUGCAUGUUCAAGAAAAGGCGAAUCCUUUGGACAUGAUUUCCGUCUGUAAAAGAAACAUACUUUCUGAAAACAGUGUGAUGGCUGGAGAUUCUUACAGGCCGGUCGUUGAUCUGUCUUCCAUUA